CGACAUACUCCGUAUAAAAAACUUGAUGAUUCCUGAUGAUUAACUUUCUCUCUCUCAUAUUUUAAUUAAUGAGUAAUGAACUACUGUAAUUAUAAUUAAUAGAACUAUAAUCAGAGAUUAAUUAAUGGGCUGGUCCUACAUUUAUAAAUAGGUGCAGGUAUUCUGGCGUUUCUCGUGUUUUGCUUUUGCGAUUCAUGUACCAUGAUUCAUUUUGUUAUACUUUUCAUUAUUGGCUUCAUUUCUUCAAGAACUGUCUGCCAAAGUGUUAAUGACCCUUCCAGAAGCAGUUUCAGUGUCCUGGAUUAUGGAGCCAUUGGUGAUGGCAAUACAGAUGAUUCACAGGCAUUUUUGAAUACGUGGAAAGAUGCAUGUGCAUCAAGCGAAGGAUAUCCCCUACUCACAGUUCCUCAAAACUACAAGUUCUUGCUCCACCCAAUCACUUUUAGAGGCCCUUGCAAUUCCAAGCAAAUUCAUUUCCUGAUAUUGGGAACAAUAAUAGCACCCAUUUCCCCAAGGAUAUGGGAAGAAAGAGAUGAAAGCCAGUGGAUGGCAUUCCAGGACGUUACCGGACUUGAGGUUUAUGGGUCAGGAGCAAUUGAUGGACAAGGAAAAGCUUGGUGGGAUCAAUCCUGCAGGGAUCAUCCAAACCUGGAAGGGUGCAAGGAUUUGGCCCCAACCGCUUUGAAGUUUAUCUCAUGCAAUGAAGGGUCCCUAAGCAAUAUUUUGAUGACAAACAGUCCACAAUCUCAUGUACUCCUCAUUGGAUGCAAUGGCUUUAGAGUUGACAAUAUAAGAAUAGAGUCUCCAGGAGAUAGUCCCAACACUGAUGGCAUUCACAUUCAUUCCUCUCAACAUAUAUUUAUCACCAAUUCCAGAAUUGGCAGUGGGGAUGACUGUAUUUCUGUGGGAGACUACACUUCCGAAGUCUAUAUAAAUAACAUUGAUUGUGGUCCAGGUCAUGGCAUAAGUAUUGGCAGCUUAGGGAAGUCUGGGAAUAUAGUACAAGUUGAGAACAUUCAUAUCAGCAAUGCUUACUUGUAUGGAACCACAAAUGGAGCUCGCAUUAAAACAUGGCAGGUUGGAAGAGGGUAUGUCAAAAACGUAAUAUUUGAGAAUCUUUUCUUCAACUCCGUUGACAAUCCCAUCAUCAUUGAUCAAUACUAUUGCGACUCACAAGAAUCCUGUGACGAUAAGGGAAGUGGUGGGGUCCAAAUUAGUGGAGUUGUGUUUAGGAACAUAUAUGGAACAUCAAACACAGAUGUUACUGUGAACCUCAACUGCAGCAAAUCAACACCAUGCACCGACAUAAAGUUGCAGUUUGUGCAUUUGGAAUCAGUGUCACCUGGGAAUCUUGUCACUGCUCAAUGUGAUAAUGCUUAUGGCCAGGAAUUUGUAGUCGCACCUGGUCCUUGCUUGCUUGAUUCUUGACCUACUCUUUUUUUUAUCCCCAGUUGAUUAUUAUUUCUAAUUAUGAUGGCAAUCUGUGCUAUGGUACACAACCAAAUAAUG